AUAAAAUUAUAACGAAGAGACGAUAGACCUAUUUGCGAUAGACAUUUAGGUACGUAGAUUGAAACGGUGUCAACUGUCAAACGUUGCCAUUUGACUUGUCAAUAAUAAAGCACCCAAAUGAUGCUAAAUUUACAUGUGAUAAAAAUAUAAAUAAAGCUUUUAUUAGGCCAAGUUUAAUAUAAAUCUUGAUUUGAAUGAAACCAGGUUAAAAUAGCAAAAUACUAAUAGUUCCUUUCAUUUGACUGCGGAAUCAUUUUCGAACCAAAAAUGUCGAUGCCACAUAGUAGUUCAAGUACAACCAGCUCGAGUACAAAACGGAAAGAAAUUUACAAAUACCAAGCGCCAUGGCCCCUAUACUCAAUGAAUUGGUCUGUGCGACCUGACAAGAGAUUCAGAUUGGCUCUCGGAAGCUUUGUUGAAGAGUAUAAUAAUAAGGUACAAAUCAUCUCUCUGGAUGAAGAGACAAGUGAAUUCAGUGCAAAAAGCACAUUUGACCACCCCUACCCCACCACCAAGAUUAUGUGGAUACCAGACAGCAAGGGAGUGUAUCCCGACCUCCUUGCUACCAGUGGUGACUAUCUCCGUAUUUGGCGAGCUGGCGAACCCUACACCCUAUUUGAGUGUGUCCUCAACAACAAUAAAAACUCGGACUUCUGUGCACCCCUCACAUCCUUCGAUUGGAACGAAGUGGACCCCAACCUCAUUGGAACUAGCAGCAUUGAUACAACUUGUACAAUCUGGGGGUUGGAGACGGGACAGGUUUUGGGGCGAGUUAAUGAGGUCUCCGGACAUGUGAAGACUCAGCUUAUAGCGCAUGAUAAGGAAGUGUACGACAUAGCGUUCAGCCGCGCGGGCGGCGGGCGCGACAUGUUCGCGUCGGUCGGCGCCGACGGCUCCGUGCGCAUGUUCGACCUGCGCCAUCUCGAACAUUCCACCAUCAUAUACGAGGACCCGCAGCACACGCCGCUGCUGCGGCUGGCGUGGAACAAGCAGGACCCGAACUACCUGGCGACGAUCGCGAUGGACGCGUGCGAGGUGAUCAUCCUGGACGUGCGCGUGCCGUGCACGCCGGUCGCGCGCCUCAACAACCACCGCGCCUGCGUCAACGGCAUCGCGUGGGCGCCGCACAGCUCAUGCCACAUCUGCACAGCUGGGGACGACCACCAAGCCCUGAUCUGGGACAUACAGCAGAUGCCCCGCGCCAUAGAGGAUCCCAUCCUCGCGUACACGGCCGCGGAGGGUGAGGUCAACCAGAUCCAGUGGGGCGCCACCCAGCCCGACUGGAUCGCGAUAUGCUAUAACAGACAUACGGAAAUAUUGAGGGUCUAAGACACUGCAUUUGGAGUAUUAACCCCAUAAAGGUCCUGACACAUCGGCGAUUGUUCCACUUCAAGAAGUUUCUUCACCUAGCUCAAAUAUUUAUUUAUUCAAAACUUCGAUCAACAUUACCAACUGGAUAAUGGAUCACGUACAAAAUUACAGCUAUAUUGUAUCCGCAUAAUUAUUAACUUAUACAUGGCUACAUGAAAAACGAGGGUGUAUGAAAUAGUUUUAAGUUCAACCUACUUGCGACCUUGACACCUUGCAAUAAAGUCACAAAUCCAUUCACACUUACGAAUUACGAUCAUUCGUCACAAAAGAUAAAUUGUGCGAUUCAGUAAGACGCACACAUAGGUAUUAUUGUAAUAGGGAUGGAUUUAGGACGAUUUAUUAUAUUGUAUAAUUGUAAUUCCAUUGAAAAGGUGUUUUGCAUUUAAAACAUAUUCAUUUUUCUAUAAUAGAAAUCAAGAUGUUUAGUUAAGAGGCGGUUCGACUUUGACGCGUUGUUUCAAUACUUUAAAUAAAUCGAAUUCCUAUAAAACAAUUAGAAGGAAUAAGAAUCGGGAUUUGAUUAAGUAAAAAUGUCAAACACCCUACAUGAGAUAAUGAAGAAUAAAUAAAAUUUAAAUUUUUAAUUGAAAAUCGAAUAAUGAGAAGGUAUGAAUGUUGUGAAACAAUAUAUUGACGAUCUUUUUUUGUGCGAGUUCUUGUAUUCUCAAAAAAAAAAAA